CAUCUGAUACAAAGUUUGUGUUAUUGACGAAACCAGCAGGCGAGGCCUACGAGCAGCUGACGCAAGGAAGGGUUGUUCUUACUUCAAGCCUGCGCACAUGCUGGCCAAUAUAACUAAAACUGUAUAGCUGCACGAUUCAUAUAUACGGCUGGCGACCCCUGUAAACCAAACGGCAUCCAGCGCAUCUAGGUCCACUUGGGUCUCCCCGCUUGACCCGCGACGCUCGAUCGGGCCGAUCGCAUUGCAUAGUCGCUACAAAGGAAAGGACAUGUAUGGAGGUGGCGGUGCCGGCCGCGCAUUGCCCAGUCCGGGUGACUGGUCGCCGAGCGGCUGGCUGGGCCGGCGCUGCAAGCGGGCGCGGCUGCAGCUGCAGCGGGCGUUGAGGGGAGGCGGCAACGCCCGGUUACGGGCAGGACUUGGAGCAGGCGUGCUAGCGGCCUCUGCGGCGGGAGUGGCAGCGGCAUCACCGCCGCCAGAGGGCGGAGGAGCGCAGCAACAGCGGCCCAAGACCUGGUCUGACUUCGGGCACCCGCGUCGUCGUACCACGGACGUGUUCCUGUGCCUCAACGCACUCGUGUUCGUACUCAACUGGCUGAGCCGUGACGUGGUGCUCAUAUGGGGCGCCAAGGUGAACGCGCUGAUCGCCGCGGGCCAGUGGUGGCGGCUGGUGACGCCGCUGUUCCUGCACUCCAACCUCUUCCAUCUGGCGAUCAACAUGCACGCGCUGCACACGCUGGGGCCGCAGGUGGAGGUGGUGUCGGGCAGCCGCCGCACCGCCGCCAUAUACAUGGCCUCAGGCCUGCUUGCCAAUGUGGCCAGCUUCCUGUUCUGCCCGCUGCCCAGUCUGGGGGCCAGCGGCGCCAUGUUCGGGCUGGGCGCGGCGCUGGGCGUGUUCUACUGGCGCCACGCCGACCUGCUGGGCCCCGCCAGUGACAGCGGCCUGCGCAGUCUGGGCCUCACCGCUGUCAUCAACAUCGCCUACUCACUGGUCAACAAGCGCAUUGACAACUGGGGCCACUUCGGCGGCCUGGUGGGCGGCGCACUGCUGUCCUACCUGGUGGGGCCGGCCUUCCAGGUCGUCACCGCACCCGGCGGGCUGCGCGGGCUGCAGGACAACCCGCCGCUACCUUGGCUCGCCUUCAAGGCGCCCACCAUCGCCGGCGGUAGUCCCGUGCUACGGCGGCUGUCACGGGGAUCUGCGGAUGCGCAAGCUGCAGCCCCAGGGCUUGGACCGGGCGGCAGUAGCAGCAGUGGCAGCAGUAGCAGCAGUAGCAGCAGUAGCGCGGUUGCAGAGGCCGAGGUGGCGCCGCGGCGGAGAGUGUCGACGCCGCCGUUCCUGCGGGGCCGGGGGCCGCCCUUGAGCUCGUUAGACGCGGGGCCUGAGUCCGGUGGUGGUGGCCGUGGUGGGGCGGGUCGAAAGCUGCGGCCGGGGUCAGGGGAUGCGGAGGCAGGUGAGGGUGGGGGCGGCUUGUUGGGGCCCAGCAGUAGCCCGGCGGCUCCUAGCGGUUAGUGCAGAGCAGGUUGGGGCUUUGUUGGGGAUGGGAGCAUGGCGAAGCUUAGAUCCUGAGAGAGUGCGUGCGUGUGUACAGCGCGAGGAGUGUCGCCGAGGGGCGGUAUUGGAUCAUGCAUGAGUUGUACGGGAGAGCGAUGUGUUAAAGAGCACAGGGAGAGCGAUGCGUGUGUGUGUGUGUCGUCCUUUAGGAUGGAAAGGCGAGAGCUUGAAGAUACCCAUGCUAUAACUUGAUGCAACAGCAGCAAUUGAGUGGCUUUUGAGUGCGUGGCAGAGUUGCCCAAAAUGCCAUGCACAAGCGGUGCCUGUCACGCAGGGGCGUGCGCAGGAGUGAUGGCACGAACUGUAUGGAGGUUGGCCAGGAGGCGUUUGCUUCUUGUCGGCGUGGCACCUUUGGGGCGUCCAUUAUGUCAGAGCUAGGGUUUGUGAGUGGCAAGACCGCAAGAGGCGCCAAUCUGGCGUCCCUGGAGUGGAUGUGAAGAAGCUCCUUAGACCGCUUCGACGACCGUGCCAAACCCUGCAUAGUGAGGAUUGCACCCGGCACAGGGCCCUGCAGAAUGCAUCAGGUGCCGCUUACAUAGCACUGCCUUGUCGGCUUGUCCUGGGGACCUGCCACUGGCGCUGGAGCUGGAAAAGUAGCGGGGCGUAGCGGGCCACUGUUCUCCGGCAAUCCGGCAAUCGACC